AUGUUUAAUAUAGUAGGAGAACUUUGGAAAGCAUAAUAAUUUGCAAUGUAUGAAUGCUGUUUCGAAGUUCCAUAAACAUUCUAUUUGCAAGGUAGCAAAAUAUCUCAUUAUUUUACCAGUUCAUAAUGUUCUGGUAAAAUAUUGAAAAAAAGAAAAGAGAAUGUUACUUUAAAAAGUAUAUUGGACACAUUCAAUUCUAAAGAAAAGUAUGUGUGUUCAUUUUAGAGAUUAUUGAAUAAGAAAGAUGUUUAAUUUAAAUAUUUAACACGUAAUGAACUUGAAGCACUUAUAUCUGACAUCACUAAUUUUUCAGAACUAUAUUAAGAUGUGAUCAUUUAAUAAAUAUACUCAAGUGAAAACUUUAUUACAUAUUCUCGAUAAGGUCAUGUUACUUUAAUUUAAUAAAGGAUACCUUUAUCGUUAGAACCAUUGAUUACUUUGAAAGAUAGUUAAUUUGCAUGUGAAAAAGUUUUAUUUGAAACAAGAGUAAAUAAAAUAGGAAUUACAAUUGAAAAAUUAAUUAGUCUAAAUGAAAGUUAAAAAGUAAAUGAAAUUGAAUUAUUUAUGAAAUAUGUUGGAGAUAAAUUAAUUAUUAUGUGGAACACCAAUAUUUAAUGUAAAAAUAUUAAAAGAACUCUUAAUUUCAUUAAUUCAUUUAAUUAUUUACAUAAUUAAGAAUAGUUUGAAUAGUUUUAACCAAAAAAAUAAGUAACAGAUGAAAUCACUAUGAUUUAAUGUUUUAGUUGUAGAAAAUUAACUAAAGUUAAUGAUACAUUUGAAGUAUUGAAAAAUAGAAUUUGGAAGAUAAGAAUGCAUAGAAAUCUUCAUCAUUUGAAUGAUUAAAAAUUACAUUUAGAUGUAACAGGAAGAAUUGUACUAAAAUUUGAUGAAUUUCAAUUUGUGAGAGUAUGUGGAUUAUGCUAUAAUAGUUUUAUUGAAACAAUUUCAAAUAAUAAUACUAAAAAUGAAAAUACUUAAAGGAAAUUGACACAAAAAUAAUAAGAUCUAUAAUCAUUUAUGUAGUAAAAUGGCCCUAGAAGGAAAUUGUUUAAAAUUAAUGAUAAUUAAACUUAUUUGGGAAGUCGUACAAAUAGUGCUUAAAUAAAGGAUAAGAGAAUGACACCAUAAAUAAUGAAUUCUACAUUUGAUGAGAAUUAUGAUAGCAUUUAAAAUUAAAGAAUAGAAAUAGAUGAUGAAUUUGAUUAAUUAUUAAAUGAAGUUAAAAAUGAUAUCAGAAGUUCUUACUAAUCAAAUAAAAUAAUGAUUAAUAAAACUAGAAUACAAAGUGCUUAAAACAAUCACAAAUUUAAAUUAUAUUACUAAUGA